CAACGGACAGAUCUUCGGUUAAUGUCGUUGGAUGGUCAUUGAUGUUAUCCAAAUGUUUGUCAUUUAAUUUGAAAAGAGAUACUAUAUUAAUAUUAUUGGUGAAAAUGAAAAGAGGAAAGAUGGUUGAUUAUUGGUUAGCCAGACGAGAAAUGGCAACGAAAUUUCUCACAGCUGUUUAUGUUAUAUUAACUAUCACUUAUAUAAUAUCACCGUUGUAUCUAUCAGCAAGAAGUUUACCUUUUCAAGGAAAUUUUCCUUCAAUUUUCUUUCAAGAUCCCUGGUAUCAGCUGAUAUAUGUCAGCGAGAUUAUGUUGACCUUAUUAGCAGUCACGAAUACAUUGGCCUGCGACGUGGUACUAAUACUCUUCGUCUGCCAGUUAUGCAACGACUUGCAUAGAACAGCCAUCUUGUUGCAACAAUAUGGAGACGAUGAAUGCAGCCUGAGGGAUGUCAUUAACCAACACAUCUCGUCCCUAAAUUAUGGAGAGAUAGUAUGCCGAGCCUUGUCAGUUAUGGUAUUCGGUCAGAAUUGCAUCUGCUCGAUGACGAUCUGUUUAGCGUGCUAUGUCUUCUUUACCGUAGAAAACAGAUUGACCUUGAUGAAAAUGAUCGUCGUAUUGAUGGCAAUGAUCCCAGUGUUAUUUAUCAAUUGUUAUAGCGGGGAAAUGAUUUAUAGUGCAAGCUUAAGCGUUAGCAAAGCGAUCGAUACCAAUUGUUGGAAAUCUGAUAACAUUAGAGCCAACAAAGAUGGUAUUUUCAUCAUUCAAAGGGCUCAAAAACCAAUGCAAAUCGCUGUGGGUACCUUUGCUGUUAUCAAUCUGAAAUUCUUUUGCGAUUCCAUGUAUAAUGCGAUUUCUUACGCUAUGAUAUUGAAAACUAUGAGUUAGUAUCGUUAACAUAUAGAAAUUUUCUUUUGUGUGUCUUAUCUAUAACAAGUAUAAUAUUAUAAAUGGAAAAGAGUGGAGAAAAAUUUGAAAUACAAAGAAAAAC